CAAUGUUGUUCGUGAUUGGACAAAGUAACAGCAGAAAAUGGCGGCCUGUAUGGUGGAGCAUGUUGUUGCAGACGCUGGAGCUUUCCUGAAGAAUGCGCCACUGCAGGAAUUUGGUAAAAACAUCUACACAUUAAAAGAAGUUGUAAAUGAAAUUAGGGAUAAGGAAACUAAGCGAAGGCUGGCAGUUUUGCCAUACCAGCUCCAUUUUAAAGAGCCAUUUCCCGAAUAUAUAAGACAAGUGUCAGAAUUUUCCAAAAAAACUGGUGACUACCCCAGUCUUUCGGCAACUGACAUUAAAGUUCUGGCAUUAACCUGUCAACUUGAAACUGAAUUUGUGGGAGCUGGCCACUUGAAAAAAGAACCUGUGCAGAAAAUUGAAGUGAGUAGCACUUUAAGACAUCCAGAGUCACCGAUCAACGUAGCAGGCUUUCAUCUACCAUCUAAGAAUCCUCAGAGGGGUUUCACAAAAGGAGGUAGUGUACUUCCUUUAAGUUCUGAGGAGCUGUGCCAUCCCUCUACAGGACAUUCCAGUGAGUUGCCAGAAGUUGAUUUAUCAGAAUUUGAAGCCUUUCACUUCUGGAGAAACCCGCUACCAAAUAUUGAAGAUGAUCUGCAAGAUUUACUCGCAAGUGAUCAGAACAAAGAGAAUGUCUGCAAUUUGAGAGAGAGAUCGUUGAGCCAGGAUGGAAGCGAGGAGGAGAAGGUGGAGGAUGACAGCGACGACAGUGAAGGGUGGAUAACGCCGAGUAACAUUCAGCAGAUUCAUAGAGAUAUGGGCUGCUCUGAGACAGCAGCAGAUAUCAAAGUUGGUUGUAUGACUACAGAUUUUGCAAUGCAGAAUGUCCUUAUUCAGAUGGGGCUUCAUGUCAUUUCUUUGAAUGGAAUGAUUAUAAAGCAAGCAAGGAACUUCAUUCUGCGUUGUUUUGCAUGUUUCAAGACCACAACUAACAUGAAUAAGGAAUUCUGCCCAAACUGUGGUAACAGGACGCUGAAAAAGGUAGCAAUCACUGUGAAUGAAGAUGGCAGUCUUCACUUCCACUUCUCAAAAAAUCCAAAAGUGUUAAAUCCACGAGGCUUGAGACAUUCUCUCCCAUUACCACAUGGUGGGAAACAUGCCAACAAUCCGCAUUUGACUGAGGAUCAAAACUUCCCUCAGCAACGACUUUCCAAGAAAGCGAGGCAGAAGACUAAUGUUUUUGACCCGGAUUACAUUGCUGGAGUUUCCCCAUUUGUGGAAAAUGAUGUCUACAGCAGAGCUGCUCACUUAAACAUUCGCGACAGCAGAUUUGGAGGUGGGAGGAGGAGAUUAAACCCAAAUGCUGCCCCAAAAAAAUUUGUUAAGAAAUAAAUGUUUUUCUUCUAAACUUUGGUAUCCCCAUUUUCAAUAUAGUUUUAUUAAAAAUUUAAGCUAUAAAUUUAUUUGUGUAUCAUGUAAAUUGUCAGGAUUUAUUAAAGUGUUGAAAAGUGCUUUCCAGACAUGGUUCUUUUAAUUAUGAACACAAGCUGUUAUAACCAAGAAACCCAAUCUGUGAAACUGUUUUCUUUAGGGUGUUUAGACUUGCAUUACUUGGUAAGAGAAGUUAUCUGUCCAGCUGCAUGAUGUUUACCUAAUUAAAUUACUAAAGAAAACAAUACUCCUUAAAGCUUACAUUUUUCUGCAUUUAGAGGCUAAACAGAGCCUGGGAGGUGUGGCCAGGUUGGAAGCGGCGAGUUUGUCUAUCAUCUUUUGGCUUCUGCCCAAUGCAAACAAAGGGACUUCUGGUUCCAAUUUACUCCUCAAAUACUUUAAUUUCAAGUGGAUAUGGGCCAGGGAUUCCCAUGAGUUGGUUGGAAUAUUACACAUCUACAGAGACUUGGAGAACAUCUUUGAGUAGUUCCCACUGUCCUCUUGCUCUGGCAUAACAUAGAAUGUAUGUUUUGGAAGUUGGAUAUCAGGUACAUAAAAAAUGUAGGUCUAAUCACCGGAACUGGCCAAAUGAGAGCCUGUGAUGGGACUGUCUGUGUGGGAGAGGACACAUACCCUACAGUGAAUUUGGAAGAUCUUGCUGUAUGUGGUACCUGUCCAAUAGUUUGACCUACAAAAGUUUGGGCACCCCGGUCAAAAUUUCUGUUACUGUGAAUAGCCAAGUGUGUAAAAGAUGACCUGAUUUCCAAAAGGCAUAAAGUUAAAGAUGACAGUGGCUGACGAGUCCCAUCUGCCUGUUUGUUUAUCUAUUUGGUGUGUUUGCACACUUUAUUUUCUUUUGGAGAUUAGUUGUUGUUACUCCUUCUUUGACUGCAGUUUUUAUCGAUUCUAUUUGUUCUACUGUGAAUGCCUGCAAGAAAAUAAUUCCCAGAGUAGUAUAUGGUGGCACACAGUAUAUGUACUUUGAUAAUAAAUUUACUGAACUUCAGAAGAAGGGAAACGUAGAAUAUGUUUCUACGUUUCCCUCCUUCUACAUGUCUCACGGGUUCUGUGAGGGCCACAGCAAAACCUUCAGCUUGCGCCUCUUGAGGUGGCCUAUUGUGGAUUUUGAGGUGUACUUAGGAUCGUUAUCCUGUUGUAGGAGCCAUCCUGUUUUCAUCUUCAGCUUUUUUUACUUUGUGAUGCUUACUUCCAGAAUUUGCUGGUAUUUAAUUGAAUUCAUUCUCCCCUCUACCAGUGAAAUGUUCCCUGUGCCACCGGCUGCAACACAAGCCCAAAGCAUGAUCGAUUUACCCCUGUGCUAAACCGUCUGAGGUGUUCUUUUCAUGAAAUUCUGCACCCUUUUUCCCCAAACAUACCUUUGCUCAUUGCAGCCAAAAAGUUCUAUUUUAACUUCAUCAGUCCACAGGACUUGUUUCCAAAAUGCAUCAGGCUUGUUCAGAUUUUCCUUUGCAAACUUCUGACACUGAAUUUUGUGGUGAGGACGCAGGAAAGGUUUUCUUCUGAUGACUCUUCCAUGAAGGUAAUUUGUGCAGGUGUCACUGCACAGUAGAACAGUGCAGCACCACUCCAGAGUCUGCUAAAUCUUCCUGAGAGUCUUUUGCAGUCAAACGGGGGUUUUGAUUUGCCUUUCUAGCAAUCCUAUAAACAGUUCUCCUGGGAAGUUUUCUUGGUCUUCCAGACCUCAACUUGACCUCCACCGUUCCUGUUAAUUAUAUUAUGAACUGAGGAAAUGGCUACCUGAAAAGACUUUGCUAUCUUACAGCCUUCUGCUCUGUGGGCAUCAUUUAUUUUAAUUUUCAGAGUGCUAGGCAGCUGCUUAGAGGAGCCCAUGGCUGCUGAUUGUUGGGACAAGGUUUGGGGAGUCAGGGCAUUUAUAAGGCUUUGAAAUUUGCAUCACCUGGCCUUUCCUAAUGAUGACUGAACAAGCCAUACCCCUAACAAGGUAAUUAAGGUCUGAGACCUUGGUAAAAGUUAUCUGAGAGCUCAAAUCUCUUGCGGUGCCCAAACUUUUGCAUGGUGCUCCUUUCAUUUUUUUUCACUCUUAAUGUACAAAACAAAAAUAAUACACUAAUCUUGCUUAAAAUAUUGAAAAGAAUGUUUCCUCUUCAACUUUGAGUUUUGGAGAUCAGUUCAUCUUCUACUCAAUUAUUCACAGUAACAGAAAUUUUUACCAGGGAUGUAUAUAGGUAUAUGUGCAAGAGCAUAGGAAUUACUCUUUUGGUAGACCUUGGGUGGAGAUGAUGAAUUUCAUUAAUAUUUUACUUCACGGAGAGUUGCUUCCUGUAGAGUAGUGGUACAUUUAUUCCAGAGACACAGUAUGGAGUUUUGGCAGGUGACUGUUUUGCAAAGGAGUACAGUUACAAGUCACAUUUAACCAAAAGGAGUGGCAGAAAAUGAGAGUUUUGGUUCAGCAAGUCUGCUCCACCAUUCCAUAAUGGCUGAUUUAUUAUUCGUCUCAACCCCAUUCUCCUGCCUUCUCCCCAUAACCUUCGACACCAAUAUUAUUGAAGAGCCUAUCGUUUCACUUUAAAUAUACCCAAUGACUUGGCCUGCACAACCAUCCAUGGCAAAUUCACCACCCUCUGCUUUCAUAAUGGAUCCUCUGAAAUAAUAACACCGUGUAAUUUGAAGAUGCUGACCCUCUUCACCUCUGAUCCCCUGAUGAGAACUAGCUCAUGGACCUCUGGUUUCCUCCUGAAUUCAAUAAUCAGCCUCUUGGUCUUGCUGAUGUUGUGAGAUGUUGUUGUGGCACUACUCAGCCAGAUUUUCAAUCUUCCUCCUAUAUGCUGAUUUGUCACCACCUUUGAUCUGGCCUACAACAGUAGUAUUGUCAGAAAAUUUAAGUAUGUCAUUAAAGCUAUGCUUAGCCUGACAGUCAUAAGUACAAAGCAAGUAGAGCAGGUUCUAAGCAUUCAGCCUUGUGCUGAUGGAAAUUGUGCAGGAGAUGUUAUUGCCAAUAUGAAGUGACUGGGGUUUGCACGUGAGGAAAUCGAGGAUCCAGUUGCACAAGGAAGUAUUGAGUACAGGCAGUCCCUGGGUUACAAACGAGUUCCAUUCCUGAGUCCGUCUUUAAGUCGGAUUUGUACAUAAGUCAGAACGGGGACAUCGGUAUCACUUAGCAUCAGUCAAACGUUUGUCUUGGUAUAUAGUAUAUAUUUUACCUUUCUAUGCAUAUAAAACUCAAGAAACGUAUGUAUUUCAAUAAUUAAACCACUGUGUUGCUUAGUAAUAAUUGUAGCUUUCGUCAGGGCAGGGCUUUUCACAUGCUCCAUUAUUCUGACUUUAUCCUUUACCUGUAGAGUACAUAUCAAGAAUGGACUAAAAUGCCUAUAGUGAAUUAUUUGAAAAAUAAUUCAAAUAAUUUCCAGUGUGAUGGAAAAGUUUAAUUAGAUCUGUUUUAGAUGUGCUGCAGUGUGGGUAAAGAAUGACUAAUAUGAAUAUAUUUCCUAGAUUGCAAUAUUUAUUUCAAAAUUUACCAAUACAAUUACCUCAGAAGUUUUUUCAAGAACUGAAUAAAUAUGUAAGGAAAUUUCUUUGGAAAGGUAAGAUGUCAAGAAUAUCAUUGGAAAAGUUGACAUGUAAAUUUGAUCUAGGAGGGUUACAACUUCCAAAUUUUAAGAAUUAUUAUAAAGCAAAUCAACUUAGAUUUAUUGCAUCUUUUUCUGAUGAAGAAAAAUUGGCAUGGAUUAAAAUAGAAUUGGAUAAGAUAGGAGAAAAUAUACCAGAAGAUUUUAUAUAUAAAUGGGAAUCCAAAUGGAUAUGGGAAAAAAAAGAAUCUCCUAUAUUAAGACACUUGAUUUAUUUAUGGAGUAAGGUAAGUAUAGAUGAUGAGAUAAAGAAAUCUUUAUUAGCAAAAAGAACUUUAAUUCAAAAUAGGCUUAUUCCUUUUACAAUGGACAAUAAACUUUUAUAUAAUUGGUUCCAAAAGGGGAUUAAAUAUAUAGGUGAUUGUUUCGAAGGAGGUAUAUUGAUGUAGUUUGAUCAAUUAAAAAAUAAAUAUAAAAUAGCAAAUAACACUCUUUUCUGUUAUUUUCAAUUAAGAGCCUAUUUAUGAGAAAAGCUGGGACAAACAAUGUUGAUACCAAAACCUAGUGAAAUAGAAAUAUUGAUUCAGAAAGGAAGAAUUAAAAAAUUUACAUCUUGUAUGUAUAAUUUGAUUCAAAAGCAAAUAAUUAAAUUAGGAAUUCAUAAAUCAAGAAAAAAAUGGGAAUCUGAUUUGAAUGUUAAAAUUGAUGGGAAAAACUGGUCAAGAUUAUGUUUUGAUAGUAUGAGAAAUACAAUAAAUGUUUGACUUAGAUUAAUACAAUAUAAUUUUUUACAUCAAUUAUAUAUAACACCACAGAAAAUAAAUAGAUUAAAUUCAAAUAUGUCUGACCAAUGUUUUCGAUGUAAUCAAGAAAUUGGUACCUUUUUACAUUCUACUUGCUCUUGUUUUAAAAUUCAACCAUUUUGGAUAAAUUUAAGACUUUUAUUGGAACAAAUUACUGGAGUACAACUCCCACAUAGUCCACUAUUAUUUUUAUUAAGAGACAUUGAAGGGACAAUACCGAAACUUAAAUUGAACAAGUAUCAGAAAAAAUUUAUAAAAAUUGCAUUGGCAGUAGCCAAAAAAGUUAUUGCAGUUAGUUGGAAAUCUGAUUUAUAUUUAACUAUGGAUUGUUGGAAUAAUGAAAUACAUAGUUGUAUUCCACUUGAAAAAAUUACGUAUAAUUUAAGAAAUGAAUAUAUUUUUGAAAAUUUGGCUCCUAUACUUACAAAAGAUAGGAUUAAAUACAUAGGGCCUUUGAAGAUAAAAUUAUAGUAAUUGGAGAAAGUAAAAAAUAAAUAUCAAAAUUAUUUUGAACUCCAUGGAGCAUGUGGGGAUCCUUUGAUAUCCAGGCAAUCUUUCUCUUCUUUCUUUUUUUUCUUUAGAUAAGGGUU